GUUCGCGUUGACACUUUCACCCGAACGGUUGUGCGAUUCGCCGUGCUCUGUUCUCACUUCCGUUUCCGGUGUGCAUUAGUUUCGAUUUCGCCACCAUGUCCGCCCUGCGUCGGGUGCGCAAAUACUUUAUAUCCUCGCAGGUCUACGAGGCACUGCGUCCGCUGUUCUUCCUAACAUUUCUCUACGGACUGACGCCGUUUCAUGUGGUCAGGCGCAAGAUGGGCGAGUCCUACUUGAAGAUGUCCUGUUUCGGUGUCUUCAACAUCUUCAUUUACAUCUGCCUCUGCGGCUUCUGCUACAUCUCAUCCCUGCGGCAGGGUGAAUCCAUUGUGGGCUACUUCUUCCGCACCGAAAUCUCCACAAUCGGCGAUCGUCUGCAGAUCUUCAAUGGCUUGAUAGCUGGUGCUGUGAUUUACACCUCGGCAAUUCUUAAACGCUGCAAACUUCUGGGCACAUUGACUAUUUUGCACAGCUUGGAUACGAACUUCUCGAACAUUGGCAUACGUGUGAAAUACUCAAGGAUUUUCCGAUACUCGUUGCUGGUGCUGAUCUUCAAGCUGCUGAUCCUGGGUGUUUAUUUCGUGGGUGUUUUCCGGCUGCUCGUCUCCUUGGACGUCACACCUUCGUUCUGCGUUUGCAUGACAUUUUUUCUGCAACAUUCGGUUGUCUCCAUAGCGAUUUGUUUGUUCUGCGUGAUUGCCUUCAGUUUCGAGCGGCGCCUCAGUAUCAUCAAUCAGGUGUUGAAAAACCUAGCCCAUCAGUGGGACACCCGUACUCUGAAGGCAGUGACUCAAAAACAGCGCUCUCUGCAGUGUCUGGAUUCAUUCUCCAUGUACACCAUUGUAACCAAGGAUCCUGCCGAGAUCAUACAGGAGUCCAUGGAGAUACAUCAUCUGAUUUGCGAGGCCGCCGCCACGGCCAACAAAUAUUUCACCUACCAACUGCUGACCAUUAUUUCCAUAGCAUUUCUGAUCAUCGUUUUCGAUGCGUACUAUGUACUGGAAACGCUGCUGGGCAAAUCGAAGCGUGAAAGCAAAUUCAAAACUGUGGAAUUCGUGACGUUUUUCUCCUGCCAAAUGAUCCUGUAUCUGAUUGCCAUCAUUUCGAUUGUCGAAGGAAGCAAUCGGGCUAUCAAAAAGAGCGAGAAAACGGGUGGAAUAGUGCACUCACUACUCAAUAAAACGAAAAGUGCUGAGGUCAAGGAGAAACUGCAGCAAUUCUCCAUGCAGCUGAUGCAUCUGAAAAUUAACUUUACCGCAGCUGGACUGUUCAACAUCGACCGCACUUUGUACUUCACAAUCAGCGGCGCCCUGACCACUUAUCUCAUCAUCUUGCUGCAGUUCACAUCCAAUUCCCCCAACAAUGGCUAUGGGAAUGGCAGCUCCUGCUGCGAGACCUUCAAUAAUAUGACGAAUCAUACGCUUUAGAUGUGCUAUCGAUGUCACUACAAUAUGGGGAAUUGGAAUAUACGAGUAGAAUGGAAAUCGAGUAGAGUCGAGUCGAGUCGAUGGAGCCAUGGUGAAAUGGUAUUGAAUACGUCCAGCAGAAUGUGUAUUUUUUGUAAAUGUUAUUGCUGUUGCUAAAAAAGUGUUUUCUGUCAAUA